UCUUUUUCAAUAACAUAUAGGUAUAGAUUGAUGGAAUAUUCGAAGGAACAGAGAUACCAGAAUGGUGAGAUGUGCAGCCAUUGGGUGUCUUCUUGUCCAAGUAAACAAGCCAAUGCUUAUGCAAGAAACUUAUCUCUUCCAAAAUCUUGUCUCUCCAUAAGUUCCUUCUUCUCAGGCUAUGGAGGAAACAGUCAGCUCAGGGAUACUUGAAGAGAAAAUCUUCGUUGCAGUUGGGAAAAAUGUGUGGAAGAACACAUCAAAUCUCCUAUGGGCGUUAGAAAACUCCGAGGGAAACAGAAUCUGCAUCCUUCAUAUUCACCAGCCAUCUCCAACGAUUCCUGUCUUGGGUACCAGAUUCGAAGCUUCCACGGCUGAUGAGGAGUUAGUGAGAGCAUAUAGAGGCAAAGAAACGGUGAAAACAGACAAGAUUCUACAAGAGUACCUUAGUAUUUGCCUGAAGAAAGGGGUACAGGCAGAGAAACUGUGUUUUGCAAUGGACUCAAUCGAGAAAGGGAUUUUGGAAAUGAUACAACAGCAUAAAAUCAGGAAGCUUGUUAUGGGAGCUGCUGCAGAUAAACACUAUUCCAUGAAAAUGGAGGAUCUUAGGUCCAAGAAAGCAAGCUUCGUCUGCGAACAAGCGCCUGCUACUUGUCAAAUACAGUUUACCUGCAAAGGAAACCUUAUCCACACAAGGUUUGGUGAAGACCUUUUUGUUUUCACAGAGAUAUCCACAACUGCUGGAUGCUGCUUUUUGCUGAUGUUUCCUGAUCAAUGUAGGGAAGCUAGAAUGGAUGAAGUUCGAGCUCUCUCUGCGCUCUUGUCUGAGUUUCAGCGGCUUGGGUUGCCACAAAUAAGCACCAAUACGCUUCAAGAGGUAGCAAGUUUGGAUGGACAAAACGACAAGGGAUCCUCCUCCUCUUGUCAGUCUGCUGGUACAUUGUCACACCCCGGAAGAUCUGAGGACUCAAUAAACGAAGUUCAAGAGGAACCGAAUGACUCAUCUUCUCAAGUUUUCCCGUGCAGCGGAAUGGGACUAAACAUGAUAAACUUCCUGAUCAACUACACCAAGCUAUGGCAGAAGCUCACAGUUCAAAACCAUGAGCAUCGUGAGUGACUCUCCAAUUUAAACGUCUCCUGAAAGAAGAGAGAGAGAGAGAUAAAAACUGCAAUGAACUGAUAUAGUUGUAUAUACAAUGUAUGUAACAAGAAUCAUUUGUGUGAGAUGUAGCUACUUGUGACUUCUUCUUUUCUCGUCUGGUGUGACUUGUGAGUUGUGAUGCUAAAACAAAUGGAACCUGUCUUCAUUA